GCGGCCCUCUUCGGCCAUCGGAGGCGACGCGGAGCUGGGUCCUUGUCGCAGAGAAAGGCCGGACCGCCAUGGCCUCGGGGAGAGCCCUAAGGUGGGCCGUGCGGGCCCCCGGCGUGAUCUUCCUGCUGCUCUGGUUGGAUUUCAUCCCCUGUGAUUCCCAAGUAAUAUAUGGAGCCCUGCACAAGAAUGUAACUUUAUAUGCCUCAAGCUCUCAAACCUUUCAGGAAAUCAUAUGGAAGAAGGGAAAAGAUAAAGCUGUUGAAUGGGAAGAGCAAUACAAUGUCAAAGCUUUCCCGCCUUUUGUAGAUAGGGUUCACUUAAACACUGGGUCGGGCGACCUCACCAUCUACAACCUGGCCGUCGAAGAUGAAGGUGACUAUCAAAUUGAAUCGCCCAGUGUCAAAAACAGCAGCAAGCUCAUCCUCAAGGUGGUUGAGCCUCUUCCAGAGCCAGAACUAUAUUGCGAGUCGACCGAGGGGAAUAUUAGCGUCCGAUGCCUGAUCUUGGAACCUUCCUUGAGGCACAUGGACCUCAUACAGUACUCUUGGAAUUGCCCUCCAACAGUAUCGUGUCAAGCUGGCUUAGGACCAUCUGAAAUGUAUAUUACCAAAGAAUCUGAUUUUUCACAGGACGUCCAGUGCAUCAUUAGCAAUCCGUUAUUCAAAAGUUCAGCAUCAACCUCUUUGUCAUCCUGCGCCCCCACUGAUAAUACAAGGCAUAGAUAUGUGCUUGUCGCAGUACUGCCAGUGGUGAUAGUUGCCUUGGUACUUUUAAAAUGGUUUCUGGCGCGUCGUAGCGGAUAAACCCACAGAACCAGCAUCCACUGGCUGGUAACAGAAGGGGAAACCAAGCCCUUGGUAACUAAGUUAUUUCAGCAACUCCAAGAAGACAUCUGAUUUACCAUCCGAGUGUUACCUUAUUACCGAUGCCUCCAAUCGUUCACUGGUAGGCCACGAGGGAGGAAAUUCUGCACGUCUAACCUGACUUAUAAGAAGCAGUGUUUCGUAGAAAAAAACAAGGACUAACAAACAAGCAUUAGCUUCUGCUCUAUCAGCAGCACUGAGUAUCGCUGGAUAGUUGCUAUCUUCUCCCUCAGUAGCUUUUUGUAAAUUGUAUUUUUGUGUGAAAUCUGAACUUUUGUAAAUAAUGUAAGUAUGUACAUAUGUGACUAAGUGGCUUGGAGUCAAAGAAAUAAAAUAGUCACAUACCUUAGGAAAUGAAGGCUUGACUAAAACUUGCACUCCGCUCCCCUGUUGUUUUAGAGGAAGAAUAACCCUCUGCAGGCUCGGGAGUGUAGUGAGAGAUGGACAGAGCACUUUGGCUUGUUGGGCCCAUGGCUGUUGACAGGAGGCAAGAACACGAGUCUUAAGUUUCUAAGACCACAUCACCAUCAUCCGAGCGCAACUGUAUAACCUGUAUGGCUCUGGGAGACUUGUCACCUUAAGAUCUCUUAACCCACUUGGUUUGUCGUGUUAGCCAUCACGCUGGCAGGUAAACAGCAGAGAACUCCUUAAAAACUGUAAACGCAAAUACAAAUGCAGGAGUUCCCUCAGUGGCGCACGGGGAUUGGCGUUGUCUCUGCAGCACCAGGAUGCAGCUUCCAUCCCCAGACUGCACUGUGGGUUAAGGAUCCAGCGUUGUUGCAGCUGCUGCGUGGUCUGAUCCCUGGCCUGGGAACUGCAUAUACUGCAUAUACUGCGGGGCGGCCCAAACCCCGCCCCCCCAAAUACAAAUGCGGAACAGCGGCCUCUCCUGGAUAAAGAGGUGAAUUGCCUCGGCUCUCCCCUGGGCCAUCACUCAACCAUUACCCGGCGUCAGCGUGCGGAGGCCUCCUCCUGAGCCGGCCCUCCCCCUGGAACUGCUGUCACGCCAGUCUUCAGCCUGAAAGAGACCUUCUUUCCCCCGAGGUGGGUGUGUGCGGAGGGGCCCUGUGACAGCGCCAUCCGGACUCUCCGGGAGGGAGGCGGCCUGGAGCCCCAGUACCCCUGGGAAGACCUCACCCCCUGGCGACUCAGCUUCCUCCGCUAAUCCUGUCAAAACCUUUAUUCCAGCCCAAGACCCCCAGAACCUCCUUUAUCUUCUAGAUUUUCGUCUCCACAUGCUCUGGGUGGCCCUUUCUGACCCCAUCUGUCAACAGUAAAAUUCCUAGUGAAUCUUU